AUGUGUCAGUCGAUCCAGUCUCGAGUCGUGCCCCACUUGUCAUCAUUUCUUCCACACAAGAGAAGAGAAGACGUGCACCAACUGGGCUCAAUUUCUUGAUCUCAUCUGCACCAUUAAUGGAGUCCCUCCCUCCCUCCCUCCCUCAGUGGACCCGACAAGAAUUCGGAUAUUGGCCGCCUUCAAAUAUCUGGUUUUCUGUAUUUGCUGCUCGCUUUCUACCCCAAGUAGAAGUAGGCCAUCCCCAAUUCCUCCAUCUUCUAAUUAACCUCGCGAGUUCUUUGUAGAAUCAAUGGUGUCCGCCUGAAAUUGCCCAACCAAGAAUCAAGAAAUUAGGGUUUACAGAUGGUAAAAUAUUGGGGGAAAAUUUUUACUGGAGAGGAAGCAGAGAAGAUUUGAAACUGUAAAAAUGGCAAUGACAGCCGCAGAGCCCACCCCACCCACGUUCUCUCGUCCUCAUCAGCAGCUCCACAACAACAAGUCCAACCUCAUCGCUGUCCCAUCUUCUCUCUCUCACACUUCCCAACUUUCUCACUCCAUGUCCUUUGUACCUCCUCUCUGUACUCCUCCUUUCUUCCACCGAAGCCAUGAAACUUCCUCUCCGAUUCAUUCAUGGCCCUCUGUCGAAUCCAGCGUUUUAUUCUGCUCCUCUCCUGCUUCUCCUGAUUCUCGCCGGAACCGCCUCCGGAUUCGGAUCCAUGGGCCCCAUCGCAGCGUCGUUCGGAGAUUACGCCCUCUUCUGUGCCAUUGACGCCAGCGGGAAGCAGGCCGUGAUCUGCUGGGACGCCAAUAACAGCUCCUCCACCGCCUCCAGUUUGUUGCACUACUCCAGCGUUCUGCCUCCGAUGGCCGCCAUCUCCGGCGGGGAAGGAUUUCUUUGCGGCAUUUUGGUGAACACUUCGCAGCUACUGUGCUGGGACUCCAUGGGAACCGCUAAAACCUCCGAUCUCAUCCCUCAGGUAUUCAAGACCAAUACUUACUCUCAUGUCGCCGCCGGUAAGGACCACGUUUGUGCGAUCCAGGGACUCUACUAUUCCAAUGAUAAUUCCGGUGACGUCCAUUGUUGGGAUAUCGUCAGGGUGUCAAAUACCAGUUUGACCUCAGCACAGAGUCCCCGCUUCUACGAUCAGAAUGUUAACCUCAAGAAAUUAGUCUCCGGCGAUGGCUUUGCCUGCGGCAUUAACAGAGAAGGAGCGCUUUCGUGUUGGGGCCCCAAUUCCGGCGAUCUAGGCAUCGCCGGAGUGUCUGAAAACUUUUCGAUCUUAGCUUCCGGAUUAGACUCACUCUGUGGCGUUUCACAGACGUCUGGUGAGAUCAAAUGCUGGGGUAAUAGUAGUUCGUAUGCUAAUCCUCCUGUCGGGAUCAGAUUCGUGUCCUUAGCAUCCGGCGCCCGCCAUUUUUGCGGGAUUAGAGAAGACGAUCAUGGGAUACAAUGUUGGGGGAACUUCAAUGAUUCAUUGAUACCCAAAGGUCCUGGCUUUCUUGCCAUAGCUUCAUCCAACUUUCUUACAUGUGGUAUUAGGGAAAGCGAUUUAGUCCUGGAUUGUUGGUUCACCAAUUUAUCAGCUCGGCUCGAUUAUGAUCCUCCAUUGCAGCUCUGCAGUCCAGGGCUAUGCACCGCCGGGCCUUGCAGGGAAGGGAUGUUUGCUUUCAAUGCCAGCCUUCUGAACGAGCCUGAUCUGACUAGCCUGUGUGUUCGGAAGGAGCUAAGCAUAUGUUCGCCUUGCGGCCUAAAUUGUUCCGAAGGCUUUUUCGCAUCCAGUCCGUGUACUUCGUAUGCAGACAGGGUUUGUACGCCAUGCUCGCUCUGUCAGAACAGCUCUUGUUGGGAUGUUUGCCGGCUGCAGUCGUCCCCGGGGAUGCAGAAGAAGCAUUGGGAUCAAUUUCGGCAGCUGCUGCUAAUAGUCGGCUCCUCAGCUUCCGGAUUCGUGUUAAUUUUAUUCGCCUGGUGUCUUUUACCGCGCGUGAUGAUCAUCAAGAACGAAGAAGGGAAGAAACAGUUCCUGCCGUGUAUGCGCAAGGCUGAUCCGGAAUCGGAUGGAAAUCUCGAUCAACACCCUCCAGCAUCAGUUGCUCCAGCGUGCCCUGGAGUCGCUCAAGUUUUCCGGCUAUCGGAGCUGAAGGACGCGACGAAUGGAUUCAAGGAGUUCAACGAGCUUGGCAGAGGAAGCUACGGAUUUGUGUACAAAGCUGUUCUUCCCGACGGGAGGCAAGUCGCGGUGAAGAGGGCUAAUGCUGCGACGAUAAUCCAGUCGAAUAGCCGGGACUUUGAAAUGGAGUUGGAAGUCCUCUGCAAUCUUCGCCACGCCAAUAUUGUGAACCUGUUGGGCUAUUGCGCCGAGAUGGGCGAAAGGCUGCUGGUCUACGAGUACAUGCCACAUGGGAAUCUUCACGAUCAUCUCCAUGGAGGAUUAUCUAGCCUGAAUUGGAGCCUGCGGCUUAAAAUCGCCAUGCAGGCUGCCAAGGGGCUCGAGUAUCUCCACAAUGAAGCUGCGCCACCUAUAGUUCAUUGUAACAUUAGGAGCUCGAAAAUACUUUUGGAUGCUGAUUGGGCGGCCCGGAUCGCAGAUUUCAGGCUGCUUACGCCGAGUGAAAGGGAUGUUAAUGCGGAGAUGAGAAGGGACGUCUACGGAUUUGGGAUCGUGCUUCUUGAGAUUCUUAGCGGGAGGAAGUCUUACGACGCGGACUGUGUUCCUCCCGACAUUGUGGAUUGGGCGUUGCCGCAGAUACGACAGGGAAGGGCGGCUGCCAUUAUUGAUCGAUACAUUGCUCUGCCGAGAAAUGUCGAGCCUCUGCUGAAACUUGCGGAUAUUGCAGAGCUUGCUUUGAGGGAAGAUGGGGAUGGAAGGGGUUCGAUGGCGGAUUUGGCGGUUGCGUUGGAGCAGUUGGUGAAGGAUGGAUUGAUAUUGUAGGUUCGGGUUGUCUUUUUUGCAUUUGAUUCUUGAAAAGCCAGACGGAUUUGUAAGGUAAGUUAGCAUUUUUUUGUGAGGAAUGCUCUCCUACAACUGUACAUUACAUUUCUCAUCACAUUAAUUGUAAAGUUUGUUGUUGAAUGAUUCUUCGAUCUUUGUGAUUCUUGAUACAUUCUUGAAUGUAAGAACAAUAAUAUGUUUUGCUUUUUUAUUUUA